AGACUUUCGGUUGAUUCUGAAUCCACGGCAUGGGUUGUUGCAUCCCGAAUUUGAAGCUUACUCAGUUGAUGGGGCUGGUAAUGAAAAAGCAAUUGAUAUUGAUCUAGAGAACUUCUAUGAAGGCUAUGUUGAUGGUGAGAUAGCCUCAGACGUUUCUGCUCACAUGGAGGAUGGACUUAUGACUGCAACAAUAACCACACCAGAAGAUGUCUUUUAUGUUGAGCCAUCCUGGAGGCAUCUGUCUGAUGCUAAGAAUGAGUCCAUGAUAGCAUAUCGAGGGUCAGAUGUGAAGCUUAGUUGGGAAGAUCAUCCCCCAAACUUCAAAGGUCAAAAAAUAUGUGAUUAUGUAAAAGUGGAAAAUGAAACACAAGAGAGUGAUGAAACAGAAGAAGAAUGGAUUGAAAACAAUGGAGUAUCUGUUGAGAUGGGCAUGUUUUCUGAAGAGGUUUUUGAUGAAGCUCCAAGAAGCAGAGUUAGACGACAGCAAGCAGAUGAUUCUGAGGAAGAUAUAGUCAAGUCACGCUGCACCUUGCUAUUGAUUGCUGAUUAUCAUUUCUUUCGUGAGAUGGGUGGUUCUAAUUACAAAGCCACCAUUAACUACAUUAUCAGUCUAAUUGACCGUGUUGAUAAGAUUUUUGAAAAUACUGUGUGGAGUGACUCAACAGACAAAGGGGGUUUCUCAGAUAUGGGGUUUGUUGUCAAGAAGAUACUUGUUCAUCAGGAGCCAACACCAGUCACUUCUAACCAGUUGCAUUACAACAUGGAGGCAGAUCACUGGGAUGUCCGUAAACUCUUAGAGGUCUUUAGCCAAGAGAAAUCUCAUAAGAAGUAUUGCUUAGCUCAUCUUUUCACGGAUAUAAGGUUUGAUGGUGGAAUUCUUGGGCUAGCAUAUGUAGGCUCUCCUCGCAGGACUUCUGUUGGUGGAAUCUGUACUCCAGAUUAUUAUAAGGACCUCCGAGUGCUCUACUUGAAUUCAGGGUUAAGUUCAUCAAGGAAUCACUAUAACAAGAAAGUUAUCACCCGUGAAGCUGAGCUUGUAGCAACUCAUGAAUUUGGUCACAACUGGGGCUCAGAGCAUGACCCAGACAACCCAGAAUGCAGUCCAAGAUCCAAAGAUGGUGGUUCCUAUGUUAUGUAUACAUACUCUGUGUCAGGGUAUGACAUCAACAAUAAUAAAUUUUCUCCAUGCAGUCUCAGAUCAAUUCGUAAAGUGCUGCUUGCAAAAUCCAGUCGCUGUUUUAUAAAGCCUCAAGAGUCAUACUGUGGAAAUCAGAGGGUGGAGGGCGAUGAAGAAUGUGAUGCUGGUCUUGCAGGAUUAGACAAUAAGGAUAGGUGCUGUGACAAAAAAUGCAAGCUUCGUGUGGGAGCCAUUUGUAGUGAUAGAAAUUCCCCAUGCUGCCAUGACUGCCAGUUCAUGAACCAGGGUGUAAAAUGUAGGGAGGAACAGCCAACAACAUGUGAGAAUGAAGCAAGAUGUGUAGGCACAAAAGCUGAGUGCCCUAAACCAAAACCAAUGGCAGAUGGCACUCCUUGUAUUGAAAAAGGGCAGUGUUUCCAGGGUAGAUGCCUACCCUUCUGUGAAACCAAAGGUUUGCACAGCUGUAUGUGUGACACAGAGGAAAAUGCAUGCAAAAAAUGCUGCCGCAAAGCACUCAAUGAAACAUGUGAACCUGUUGCUGUGAAUGAUACUCUCCCAGAUGGUACACCAUGCUAUCAAGGAUUUUGCAACCAGGGAAAGUGUGAGAAGGUUGUACAAGAUUUCAUUGAACGUCUCUGGAAAAUUAUUGAAAAAGCCAACAUUGAUACGGUUAUGACAAUGAUCCGUGACAAUAUUGUGGGCACCGUCCUUAUCAUCUCGGUUAUCAUUUGGAUACCAGCAUCGAUCAUAUUCAGUUACGUUGAUCAUCGACGCCAGGAAGAAUAUCGCAAAGAAUGUGAAAGGUACAGGGAGUUUGCUGAACGCUGGCAACGAGCUUCUCUGAGACAUGGGUUCCCUAAACCAACUCGGAAACCUGGAUUUGGUGAUGUUGUAGAUGAGGCCGCAAAACACUUGCUGCACCAGGCCUCUGUACACUAAGUUUGGUGAGUGUUUUAUAUUAUAACACUUCACAUAGUAUUUGCACAAAAUUUUUUGUGUCAAAAUACAAUUGUUAUGUUUGAUCAAGAAAUGGUUAUAAGUGAAUGAUUAUUUUAAAGGAAAUAUUUAAAACUGUUGUUACUUGCAAUGCUAUCAAACCGUACUUUGUAUAUAAAUCUGUGAUUGUCACUAAAGAUACAUCUGCCAAAAAUGUUUUAGAAUACUGUACUGUGUUAGUUGACAAAUCCAGAGACCAGAUAGGUUCUGCUGUCUUAUUAGCAAUAUUUAGUAUCCUACAAAUCCCAAAUUUUAAGCAUUUUUUUCUUAUGUAUUAGUUAAACUAUGGCAAAUGUGACUACACUGGCUAUGUGGAUGAUGAUCAAAAUUUGUCAUAUUGUUGACAGUAAGGCUGUUUAUUGCAACUGUGCAAGGCACAAAGGCAAGUAAAUGUGAAUAUAAUUGUGUAGUAUAUUUAAAUAUUUUACAAUAAAAGUUGUAAUAUACACCAGUUGCCCUGUUAGCUUUGGUAAAAAAAUAUGAAAUUUCUAGCCCCCACAGAUGGUUUAUGUUAUUCUAUUGUUUAUUUUAGUGUUAUCAUUACUGUAUAAAUUAUUUUGGCAAUACUGUAACACAAAGUCAUUUUCAUACUCUGAUAGGUGUAGCCCAAAAGAUGUUGCCAAGAACUUGUAGUGCCAUCUACAUUGUUCCAGUUCAGCCACCUAUUUCUUAGUAAAUUAGAUUUAUUACCUGUUUUACAAUGCUGAUAAUUUAUUUACCAAAGACUUCAAUAUUGCUGUAGCAUCCAUUACUAGAGUGGACUCAGGGUUGUCAUUCUAAUCACAUAAUCUCUUCAGUUUUGUAAAAGGAUGAGAAUUUCUUGUAAAAAAUUAUCUGCAAAGUGGCAGUGCUCCUUAAUGAUAAAGGGCAUAUUGCUACACCACUUCAUUGCCAGAAAUUAACGGUUAUAUGAAGUGAGUGGAAAUGUUAAAUCUUCCCAUACUAUUAUUGUUGUCAGUUAUAACAUAAUACAAUAAUUAAAUUGCAGUGUAAUCAUGUAACUUUAAUAAUUGUCUCUUCAUGGGUAUUUUAACUACUUAUGAAUGAAGGAAAUGAUUGAAGAAGGUGAACUAUAUAAUAUUAAGUAAUCAUACAGAGUUCUUUAUCACUAGUAUCUUGGUUUUCCUUUAAAAACAGGUUUCCUCAUGCAAGUUCUCUACCCUUCACUUGUAUAAUACUUUUAUUAUAUAAAAAUAAACAUCUUGGUGCUAUAUUUAUACCUCAAAAUGUAUUGUGAUAUGUACACAUUUUUAUACUGGGGAGCAUUAGAUUAACUAAUUUAUUUACUUGGAUUGUGAUAGUUGAUUGUUGCAACAUACGAAAAUGCCAUAUCGUCACUAUAGCCCACUCCUCAGGAUGAUUAGAAACUUGUUCUUUUCUUAUUUCAUACUCUGUGUUCUUUUAUGGAUGUGUAUACUAGAUGCAUAUAAUGGAGUGGUUUAAUAUUCAAAUGAUGUUAGAAAUGGUAUUAAAAAUUUAUUUAAAUGCAUUUUACAUUUGUUUAAAUGUAAAAUGCAUUAGUUUACGUAAAAUCAAGUUUUAAGAGCGUGUAAAUUACAGAGCUAAUUCGUUGUUGGGUAGUACCUCGAUGGAUGUGUGGUUUACAUGCUCGCUUACUGAUUUGGUAGUCAUGAGUUUGCUUCCCCACUCUGCCGACAUGGAAUCGGUGGAAUUUGUUUCUGGUGAUUAGAAACUAAUUUCUCAAUAUAAAUGUGUUUCAGAUCCAACAAGAAGCUGUUGGUCCCAUAGCGAGCUAACUAAUUGGCUCCUAGUCAAGUAAAAAUAUCUAAUCCUUCCAGCCAGCCCUAGGAGAGCUGUUAAUCAGCUCAGUGGUCUGGUUAAACUAAGGUAUACUUAACUUCAUUGGUGAAAAAAGGGGAUAUUUUGCAUUAUUGAUGUCGACUAGUUUUCAUUUUGUUCUCAGAGUACAUAGUGAUGGAAUUAAGUUCCAUCACCUGUACUGACUGUUCCUUGUUGAUCGCUGGCAGAGAGCUUAUUCAGUCUGCCGAUUCUUUGGUUGAAGCAGUGUGUGAUCGACCCAGCUCUCUUCCUUUGUCAGCCUCUUGUUCACCUUUUCCUAUUGAGUGGCACCCUAACUGUAACUGGAAGCUGGAAUUCUCCAAUGGCUCCAGUGUGUUUUCUCAAAAGGUAACAACCAAUUUAUUUCUCUACCUCUAGUAUUUUGGCAAACAUGCAUCAAGGGGGAAACAUCUAUGAUUUGGUAUAGAAGGGCAUUUGGAGCUUAUGCUUAACAGGUCACAGACUUUUCCUUUUACCUCGAACGGAUCAGGUCCAUUCCCUUUCAGUGUGUGUUGUAAAGACUAUGGUUUGCCUUUAUAGUUUUUAUCAGAUUGGGUUAAGCCUCUCAUGUAAACUAUAAGGUUUGCCUUCUUCGAGGGAGUUAUUAUUAUUAUUAUUAUUAUUAUUAUUAUUAUUAUUAUUAUAAUGCCUCUAUCUCUUGGGAACUUCAGUCCCAACUGACUUCCAUCCUUUUGUGCUUUAAGCAUCAAGUGACUUCGUCCUUUAGUGCUUUAAGCAACAAGAGACUUCUGUCCUUUAGUGCUUUAAGCAUCACACAGUAUUUCUCAAGACUAUUCCUCUUUGGACAAUUUUUUCCCUCGACUCUUCUUUCCUGACCUCAGUGCAUGAUUGGGAUUUUGACAUGCUGUAUCACGUUCAGCUAAGUCUUGUUCUUGACAUAAAAUGAAGCGAAUGACCCUCAUACAAAAUAAUACAAUCAAAUCAAAUUCACACAUUGAUUUAGUUACCUUAAUUUUUCCAUCCAAAUCUAAGGUAGAGCGAUCCCCUGGUCUGGGACCACAGCCCCUUCCCUUCUUCCCUCUCUAACUCACAGAAGGGGAAGGAAAAGAUGAAGCUCCUCCCAGAGGGGGUGACAGGGAGUAUGGGAUGAUUGCGAAGGAAGAGGAGGUUAGUACUUCGAUGUGGUGGGAGGUGUCUUACCCUCAUCACAGGUCUCCCAAUGUAUUCCUCCUCCCAGCAAACUUCCCCCACUGUGUCAUAGACCAAACGGACCACUCCGCACAAAAAAAAAAAAAAAAAGUUACCCAAGCCCCUGACAUGAUGGACAAAGGGCGUGAAAAUCGAUCUAUUGAGGCGCAGAUUUUGCCGCACCUCCUACCCUCUUUCCUGGGGCAGGGUACAAGGUUGUUGUGACUCAUGGGUUUGCAUGAUUCAGUAUAUCACAUACACAUUAUCACAACAACCAUCAUAACUUAUAAUAAGAAAUAACAAAGAAAAAUCCCACCGGAAUUGAAAGAAAACAGCAGUUAACAGUCGGGCAGAGAGCGGUGGAGAACAUGUCCAUCCGUGACAAUGGCCGAAAGCAAAUUGGAAUGUUUACAUCCAGUCGGAGGGACUACCAAUGACCAGACCGGUAGUUGACUACCCAACUGCCUUGUCAAAGAAUUCAGCGGCCGUGUCCAGGCUACACUUUAAGUAAUUCCUAUAGUAAAGGACUGAGGGUUUGUAUAACAUGUAGGAACAAAACAAUUAGUUUUUAUUCUGCAUACGAGCCAAAAGAAAAAUUGAUAAAAUUGGUUGGGUGAGAAUGGGCAUCCCCUUACCCCCAUUCCCCACUUGGGUGCUACCCUUGUCAUAACUUGAAGAUACUGCAAUAUAGAAGGCUAAGGUUUGUAUACCUAGGAACACUAUCUUGUGCAUUAAAAGCUGAGCUUUUGCUAUAAAAGCUAAGCUUUUGCUACUUGCAGAUUACUAAAACAUUAACUUAAAAACAGUAUGCAGAUAAACUUCAUUAACCUUUUUGAGAUUCUCCAGUGACAUCAGGCAAAUGUAAUCUCUUUGAGAUUCCACAAGCGAAGUUUGGACUCUUAAAAAAAUUUAAAAAGGUUAAUAUAUUUCAUUCAAGACACUAGACACCCAUCUGCACUUUGCAACAAGAUGGUAUACAUAUUUGUCAGAAUUCCAUUGCUUUGUUUUAUUGCAAAUAUAAUUAAACCUGUAAUGCAUUGCUUUGUUUUAUUGUAAAUGGAAUGAAACCUGUGAUACAGAUCAGUUUAUAUAUUCAUAUGAACUUUAUGUUGCGCUUCCUCUGAUAACAAUGGUGUCUAAUCUCUUCAAAUGACAAUUAGUUUAAAAUCAAGAAUAUAGUAGUGAAAAAUGAUAAUUAUUAUUGAACUUUGUACUUAAAUAUAUAACAUCAGAUCAUUCCUUACCUAGUCAUUGUGUUUAUUACAAUAUUAUUAUGAUAUAAUAUUAAUUGUAUCUAUUCAAAAGUUUAAAUAAAAAUUUUAGAGUA